AUGGGUCCAGAUAUUCAUGUUAAUGUAUAUUCAGGUUCAUUAAGCCAUGGCUCAUGGAAAACGGAUAAGCUCUCAAAUAAUUUCAACUACUCGCAUUUGUUUGCACCAUCAACUAGUCAUAAUAUGCAAUCUACAAUAAAAAAUGAUGCUUCACGUGUCCUUUCUACUGGUAAUAAUGGAGGUUUGUCUACAGGAGAAGCAUCUCUAAUGGAUGAUAGCUUAGGUUUACCUAAUCCAUUAGGACAAGAAAAUGAGACAAAUAUCAUUGUUUCAAAUUCUAAAAAACAACGGGGCCCAAAUAGAGGUGUAGCAUUAGAAGAACAUUACAAAACAAAAGCUACUGUUUCUAUCGAUCCAAAACCAGGGAAACAGAUUGCUGCUUGCAGCAAUUUGGAGAAAACAAGUUUGGUUGCUGAUAUUAGCAGAAUGAAAAAAUUAAGCACGAUUGAGUUAUACAAGGAGGAGUUUACUGAUAAUGAAAAGAAAUGGGUUUCUGAAGAUUGUCAGAACAAGAUGAUGGAAAUUCGUGAUAAAAUUAUUGACGAUGGAGGAAUAGUUGAUGAGGCUCCUGGCUCUCGAGUAUUGUACCUCGGGGCUGUAUCAGGGACUACAAUAUCACAUGUUUCUAAUAUUGUUGGGCUGACUAGUAUGGUCUAUGCUCUUGAAUUUUCAAAUAGGAGUGGUAGGGACCUAGUAAACAUGGCAAAGAAGUGCACCAAUGUCAUUCUAAUAAUUGAGGAUGGACAUCCUACUGAAUAUCACAUGUUAGUUGGAAUGGUGGAUGUUAUUUUCUCUAAUGUUGCACAGCCGGAUCAGUGCUUUCACCUCUGUAUUCUGUAUGAUGCCUAG